AUGGCAGGCGGCGUCGCGCAUCCGUACUAUCCGCGCGACAUCGUGUUGCCGGACUACGUCCCACCAGCGUGGAGCACGGCCGAGCUCUUCGGCGUUUUCGGGGUGGCCGUCGGGCUGAUCUUCACCCUCUCAUGGCUCUUCGCAUGCUCAUGUCGCCAUCUGUCAGCGUCGGAGCGGUUCACGUUCAGCUGGUGGGCCGUGACAGGCGCCAUUCACAUGCUCAUGGAGGGAGCUUUUGUCGCCUUCCCUGCCCUCAUCAGCAGCACCAGCAAGGCGUUCCUCCUUGAUGCCUGGAAGGAGUAUGCCAUAUCGGAUUCACGAUAUGCCACCCGUGACACCUGCAUCGUCUCUCUUGAGGCAGUCACUGCGUUCAUUGAAGGCCCUGCAUGCAUCCUCAUUCUGUAUGCCAUGGCGGCCAGGAAGCCGUUCAGCAAUCUGCUGCAGUUCACUGUGUCUCUCGGGCAGCUGUACGGAGCAGCUGUGUACUUUGCCACUAGCUACUUGGAAGGCUUUCCCCACUCAGACCCCCAUCCGAUCUACUUCUGGGGCUACUUCGUUGGCAUGAACGCCAUUUGGAUUUUGGUGCCGUUCCUCAUUCUCUGGCGCUGCUGGACGCGCAUCAUUUCAGCAGAGGCCUCAACUCAAGCUCCAAUCAUUCAGCUCGUUAACGCUCUCCAGGCCGCCCUCUCUCCGAGGCUUUCCUCGAAGCUUCCUCCAAAGUUGACACUCCUCGCGCUUUACGUCUCUCACUUCCUCUCCCGAUGGACCAGUCGCAUGUGGGAAUUCGCCGUGCCGCUCUUUCUCCUAGACUCCUCUUACAUUGCCACGUCAGCUUCCGCUUCCUCCGCUACAGUCACCCCCGGUACUAGUAGCGCUGGAUCCGCCUCUCUGCUGCUAGUGGCGCUUUACGGCCUCUCCGAGUCGCUCGCGAUGUCUUUGUUUUCCGUACCCAUAGGAACGUGGGUGGAUCUCUGUUCGCGUUUACCGCUAGCCGCCUUCGCGAUCUCUGCUCAAAACGCCGCGCUGUUUCUCGCCGCGAUUGCCGUCGCCGCUCUGCUCUACCUCGCCGACUUUCUCGCCGUGCCCUCCGCCGCGAGUCCCACUGGGUCCAAGCUAUUCGCGUGGGUGGCAGGAGCGGUCGAAACGGGAGCUGACGUGGCACUGGUGGCGGCCGUUUGCGUGCUGGGCGCCGCGGCUGCUCUCGCCGGAUUGGCGCGCGGGAUUGCGGUGGAACGCGAUUGGGCGGUGGUGAUUGCGGAUUGGUUUUGCGAGCAGGAAGGUGCUGCAAAAAGGGGAUGCGGGCGGCAGGGGGAAUGGGAGGACAGGGGACACGACGAAGGGAAGAGAGGGGGAAUAGUGCAGGUGGAGGGGGAUUGUAACGACUCAGCGCGGCAUGGGAAAAAGGAGGGGAGAGAGGAGAGGGGGAGAGAGGAGGGGCAGAGAGAGGAGAGGGGGGAACACCAAUUGCAGACGCACGUUGGAGGCAAGAGUGGCUUGAGCGAAGCAGGGGAGCGAGAGGUGGCAGAUGCUAGUCACCGGGGCAAGGCAGCGCAUGCAGAGGAGCUUCUAGCUGGGCAGCCACAGGGGCAGCAGGAGGGGCAGCAGGAGAGGCAGUUGGCGGAACAGAAAGAGGAGCAGGAGCAGCAGGGGAGCGAGCAGAGGGAGCGUGUGCGAGCGCGGCUCAACUCCACUCUUCGCACCAUCGACCUGCUCUGCCGCCUGCUUGCCCCGGCCCUCACUGGCGCCAUCAUGGCCGCCGCCUCCUCCCCUUCCGCCUCUGCCUCCGCCUCUUCCCCUCCCCCCGCCUCAUCCGUGCGCCCUGAGCUGCUGCCUGUAUCUCUGCCGCUCGCCAUGGCCGUGUGGGUCCUCGUGGCCGCUGCUGCUGAGCUGCUGCUGCUGGCGCUCGUCCACUCGCAGGUACCCGCGCUGGGGGAGAGGCGCAAGGAGAGAGGAGGAGGGGAGAUGGAGGAGGACGAAAGGGCUGGUGUGGAGGAGAGGGAAGGUGAGAGCGGGGAGGAGGAAGAGGAGGAAGAAGAGGAGGAGGAAUUGGAAGUGGAGGAGGAAGAAGAGGAGGAGGAAUUGGAAGUGGAGGAGGAAGGGGAGGAGGAGGAAGGGAGAGAGGGAGGGGUGGGGAGUGGAGGGGAUGAUAAGAAUGGAGUGGGGGACGUUACGAGUGGAGUGAAAACACAAGUGGACGAUGUGGAGCAUUCGAGAAGGGAUAAGCAUGAGGCAGGAGAUAAGCAGAUGCUGGUCCCUUCACCCGCUAAUCCAACGCCACCUGCUCCUAUCACCCUCUCAGACUCCCCAGCCGCCCCUACCAUUACCACCACCACUGCCACCAGAAGCAGCAGCAGCAGCAGCGAGCCUCCCCUCAUCCCCUCCAUGACCCAAAACCCCUCUUUCUUAAACCACCUGCUCGCCUCCCUCCACCACCUCCGCCUACUCCUCACCUCCUGGCUGACCACCUUUCGCUCAGCCUGGACCAUCUACCUCCGCCAGACCUCCCUCCUCCCCUCCUUCGCCCUCGCCCUUCUCUACCUCACAGUCCUCUCCUUCGGAUCCCUCAUGUGCGCCUACCUGCACUCCCAAGGCGUCCCUCUCGGUCUCCUAGGCUCGGCAAGCGGAGCCGCGGCUGUCACCGGCGUGCUCGGAGCCACCCUCUUCCCGAGCCUCUGCGCCAGGCUCGGGCCGAGCCGGACUGCCGAGGCCUCGGUGUGGUCCCAGCUGACGUGCCUUCUGCCAUGUGUCAUCGCGGGAUUGGUUCUCCAGUCGUCAGGGCCGAUCCCAGCAGUGCUGCUUAUGAUAGGAGUGGUGCUCUCAAGAGCUCCUCUCUGGGUGUUUGAUCUGUCUGUGCUGCAGAUGGUUCAGGGUUCAGUGGUGGAAGAGGAGAGAGGCGCAGUGGGGGGAGUGCAGGAGUCGUUACAGCAGGGAAUGCAGCUGGUGGUGUUGGUGCUUGCAGCGGUGAUUAGUAAACCGAGGGAUUUUUGGGUGCUGACAACGGUGUCGGGAGGGGCUGUGAUGCUGGCGGCAGUGCUAAUGAGGGUGGAUCGGAGGGGGAGGGGGCUUUUGGGGCGAAUUGGAAGGGGUGGUUGGCAAAAGCAGGCCGAAGGGCUACUGGGAGCUGAUGGCAGUGUUGGGAGGGGUGCUCCUGCAGAUGAUGUUUAG